AUCGACCACUUUUGAAACAUCUUGAUUCUUGAACCCAUCUUCCAUAAUGCCGCGCAUCACUACAUCUCUCACUCGUCUACUCGGAUUGAAGACACCCGUCGUCUCAGCUCCCAUGCAUGGUGCCGCAACACCCGCUCUUGCAUCCCAGGUCUUUCGCUCAGGUGGCUUCGGGUUUCUUCAUCCCGGAACCUAUGAUAAACAAACAGUGCAACAAGAAAUCCACCAGUUUCGGUUGCUUCUCGACCUUCCGGAUGAUGCCUCUCUUCCCGUCGGUAUCGGUUUCCUCGUGUGGAGACUGGAAGAACAAGCGAAAGCAAACCCCGAAGUCUCCAAGGAAGCGGUCUUGACUGCUCUUGAGAAUCGUGUGCGGGCCGUCUGGUUCUCCUUCGGCAGGAAUAUUGGACAUUGGGUCCGGUUGGUGCGUGAACAUGACGCAAGUGCGGGGCGACCCCAUUCCACGCUUAUCUUCGUCGUCGUUUCUUCUGCGGAAGACGCUCUCGUCGCGACGAAUGAGUGGAAAGUUGACGUCCUCGUUGCACAAGGCAACGAGGCCGGUGGUCACGGCAAGGGUGCUGCCCCAGCUCUUCUCGCGCUGGUUCCUGCUAUUGUGGAUGCGCUACCUGAGAAUGGACCAGUGGUUGUGGCAGCGGGUGGCUUAGCAAAUGGCCGUCAGAUUGCCUCUGUGAUGGCAUUGGGAGCAGCUGGUGCCGUUGUGGGCACCCGUUUUCUGUUGGCGACUGAAAGUGCUUAUCAAAAGACUCAAAAAGACGCCAUAUGCCAAGUGGUGCUUGGUUCGACAAAACGUACGAUGGCAUUCGAUGAGCUUCGUGGAUCCCUGGGAUGGCCGGCAGGAAUCGACGGCAGAGGUAUCAACAACGAGCUAGUGAAAGACUUCGACAGUGGCACAGAUCUAGAUAUUGUGAAGGCUAAACUUGCUGCUGGAACCAAGGAGGGAGACGCCAACCGUAUGGUCGUUUGGGCUGGCGCCAGCGCGGGAUUGAACAGGGUUGUUCUUAAUGCGAAGGAUAUCGUCCAGGAGAUCCAUCAGGAUAUUCUCCGGACACUGAUCGGAACGUCUGCCCUUGUUGACAGCGAGUGAUAUAGGGUUAUCUCUGCUUGACGUGCUUAGACGAUAAAUAAUAACCGACGUCCAUACGCAAAUCAGAGCACCAUGCUGAAAAUCCGCCUUCGUCUCGGAAAGAGAAAAGGGAACGAGCGAAACACUGAAGUGAUUUAUUGAAUGGUAUGAUACAAUGUACAAAUUGCUGUGGCUUCUCAACCCGACUCUAAGUCAAACACACGUACGAAGCAAAUGGUCUAGUGAACAA